CAUGCUCACACUUUUUAAUUACACAUGGAAGGCAAUGCAGUCGUCCUCACACACGUACAUGCAGCCAUCGAUGUCCAACCUUCACCCACACGUGAGACACGAGCAAUACAUCAGCUCCAUGAUUUCUUGCCGCGUGCCCGCAAUCGCUGAACAGUGGCUUGCGCGUGCUUGUCCCUGAUCCCAUGUACAUGCAUUCGACAGGGCGUCCGGAUUCAGUCAACGCAUCGAUUAAUGCAGAGAGUGUACCUCGGCAGCCAUCUGAGGUUGUUCAGGGAAUUGUUGCAUGGAUUGCCAUCGAUGUGGUCCACGUCCAGAUAGCUCUCAUCGUAUCCUUCCGACAGCCACCGGGCCUUCUCCUCAUGCAGAAACACCUCAGCGCACAAGCGGUGCACCAAGUACUCGCGACCUGCAAGUCCUACGCUCCGAUACCCCGACGCCACCAAGUAACCCUCGGUCGUCCGUCCGUUGCUAUGGCGCACUCUGCCUUGAUUCGACACCAUAGGGAGCCGCUUGCCGACGUAGCUGUCCGCAAGAAAUCGGACGGAGCGGAAACGCUCACCAGGCCAGUUCAACUGGGGCAGAAAGUAGAAAGCCCAGCCACAUGUUGGCCUCUGUCGCCUCCUCGCGACCUCAUUCACGUGAACUGGUGGAAGAUGCAGCUCUUCUGAUGCGUGACGGAUGGACCGGAAGACUCGUGUCUCCCCGGUGCGAAGGCAGCGGGCUUUGAGGGGCAUGGCGCUGGCGAUAAGGGGCCUCGGGCGGGGCAGAGUGGAGGCCGUCUUGAUGGCGUGGUGCUUCGGCGUCACCCACUGCAGGUUCGAGACAGUAUUGUUGUCUCGCACGCCAUCUUUGUGGUCCACUUGCAGCUUCCCCGCCAUAUCCUCGCCGUGCUCAGCGAUGAGAAUGGCCUUCGCGUGCGUCAGGAAGGUCUCAGCCACCAGCCGAUGGACGCGAUAUGGCUUGUAAUUCAGCGUGAUGAUGCGAUAGCCGCUACGGUUUAGGCCGCCAGCUGAAACAGUGCCGUUCGGCCGCCAGAUUUGUCCAGUGGUGGACGCCUGGGCCCCUUGUUUGCAGUGACCAUCGAAUGGAGGGAUGGGCCGGUAGCUCUCACCAUUGCCUGGAAGUGGCGGCACGGAAUGAGUCGUGCCAAACAAGCGGACGGUGCGUGUGGGCGUGUGGGGGGUGGGGACCGGGAUCCACUGCAAGCUGGUCACGCAGCAGUUCGAAGCCACGAGUAGUGCACUUGGACGGCAGACGCGAAGCAUUUUGGGGUUCGG